GCGCGUACUUCCUUUUAAUGCCGACGCGCCGUCACAAAGUCCCCGAGAGUGAGUGGUCACUUCCCGGUGUCCCCAAGAGAGGUGAAAAAAGAGAGCAAGCGAGAGAGAGAGAGAGAGAGAGAGAGAGAGAGAGAGCUGCCUCGUCACCCCUGUUUCUCCUAAAUAAGCAGUGAUCUGUUGAACCGCUGCCAAUGGAGGCUGGCCCAAACUCUCGCAGCGCUACUUUUACAAGCCGAGCCGAGCCAGCAGGAAGGCAAAAAGACACAGAGCCCAGACUUGUGAGAAAGGGGUGAGUUUGCUCUGCUACUUUUUAUUUUUGUGUGGUUCAAAAAAAAUAAAUAAAAAAGCGAAGGAUUUUUUAUGCUGACGUCACAUAGAAAGCUGUCUUGGCUAUCGCCUGAAGAAAGACGAGUGACACAGGGUGGACAAACUUGCAAUAAAAAAAGGAGUCCUCAAAGUCAGGAAAUCAUGGACAAAAAAAAUGCACCCAGGCAGGUGCAGGACGACUAAAAAGACGAGUGGCCAAGAAUGGGAUCCGCCAGGCAUGGACUACCUGGGAAGGAUGCCAAGUGCUGACAAAAGGCUUAGCGAGGAACAAGUCGUUUGCAGCGAAACACGUCGGGACGCCGUUUGGACGGCUUCAUCAAACCUCGUUGGCGUCGCUUCAAGCCCGCCUAUGAACAGAUGAUGCAUGAUCUUCUCUCUUCCACUGCUUCUGUCCUUUCGGCUGAGGUAGUAGAUUGAAUAGUUGUGGGGUUUGUGUCCCCUCUGAGAUAACUAUACAAUCUACUGUCUUUGCCCGUGAGACAGCUUGCUCGCCGACAACAUGACAAAAAUACAAACAAACAUAAAAAAAUCCCACAAAGUGAGCCCAUCCUCUCUUCGCACUAAACUCUAUGGUGAGUGGAGCCUAGCGAGGUGAGGUAGUAGGUUGUAUAGUUUGUGGGAUGCAGCCGGUCACCCCCAAGAGGUGAUAACUAUACAGUCUAUUACCUUCCUUGAGGGGCACAAAGUGAAGCUGAUUGCACGCUGCCAUCGUUGGGAACAAAUUGUGUUUUGUGGGGACUUAAUGAUCAUCAAUUGCAUCAUUUUUUAUAAAUGUGCAGCUCAACCUUGUGAUGCUGGCGAAAUAAAGAACAGUUGCCUAUCAAGUUUCAAAGGUGUAUUUUAAUUUAAAAAAGAAAAAAAAGUGGUUUCUAUUCGUUUGUCAGUAUGUGUACGAGAAAUUUGAGCUCUUAUUUUGACCACAGAAAUGCACACAUAACUGGGCCAAGAGACUGAAGAAGUUAAAGUUCAAACAUGCAAAAUACUUUCUCAAAAUCAGCUUCUUUUCUUCCCCUCUGUGCACACCACAUUGUGACUCGUAUGAACAAAACCACAGCGCUGAACCAAAAUCAUUUUUUUAUGUUUCUCUAGUGUUAAAUACAGCAGCAUGUAGGAGCUCUUGAACCAAAAAAAUGAAAAAAUAUCCUUAUUAUGGUCAUCCAUGAAUUACCAAAUGUACAUUUCUUUUUUUCGGCCAAAACCCCCCAGAAAAAAAUAGUAAAGUACAUCAUUAUUAUUUUUAUUAUCAUAUUAUGAUUAUUAUGUUUACUUGCAUUCCUGAACAUAAAAAUUAGCUUAAGAGGUUAAAUUUAGGGAUGACAAGGUAAAUUCAAUUUGAAAUUCCUGAAUCCUGUUCCAAAUGGUAAAACAUAAUUCAAAUCGAAAGAAUUCCCAUUAAAGCACCUGAUGGUGCUGGAUCCUAUCGUUAUUAUUAAGCACAUGGGAAAAUUCAUUAAAAGUUAAUUGGCUUAAAAUAGGCACCACGGUCCACUAGUGGUUAGUACGGCUGCCUCACAGUUCUGCGAUUUGGGGUUUGAAUCUAGGCUCCAGACUCAACAUUGCCCACAGGUCUUGCUCAAAGUCAGCUGGGAUAGGCUCCAGCUCACCCGUGACCCUAAUGAGGAAAAGCGCAAAAGAAAAAUGGAUGGAUGGAUGGCUUGCACUAUAAAUAAAGGAAUGAUCUGUAUUAAACUGCAACUACCAUUUUGUCCUGCUCAAAAUAUCUCUCGUAAAAAAAUGUCAAAAAAGUCCAGUUCUUCUGACUUCACACGAGUGAUGUCACGUCCGUCUACUUCCGGUGAGCCAUACAUGUCAAGUACAUAGAACUUUGUGAGUAAUAGUGAAAGUAAUUCCAGUCAUGUGAUGCACGCUCUCUGGAGAAGUGCAACUGCAAGAGAAGCCAACAUGAGAUGUGAAAGUUGGCACUUGAACACGUGGAAGUUGUCCGACCAGACAUACAAGAAACGCAUCUCUGCGUUUUCCUAACAUUAGAUCACAUGAAACCAAAACUUCCUGUAUUUUAUGCCCUGUUUGGACACAUGACCAUUCUGCCUGCAGGAAGUGAAAAUAAGCUUCCUCUCCUCUGGGAAGACUUUCUGCAAGAUGUCUUUCGGUCAUGCUGCAGAAAUAAAAAGGGCCUUCCUCAAACUGUUCCUAGGAAGGUGGAAAAUGCCAGGAAUUGAUUAAGAUUUAAGCGGGGUACACACAACAAACCGAUAAUCGAGCAAAACAAUUGAACACUAUGAGCCCUAUUUUUGUGAACGCCGUCAACCUGGCACGGUGGCCAGCGCACCGGUUAGAUCAGUGUUGUUAAUUUCGUAAACCAGGGCUGCCGGGCAGAUCUGAGUGCGGGUGGGCUGCCCCACUAUGAGAGCGUUUACCGCCGAACUAAUUCACCGCCAAUCAAAGCAGCUCCUCUCAUUCCCUGUAAAUGUGGCACAACUGACAGUCUCGACGGCGACAUCUCCGUGCAGAAGAGGACGAUGCGUAAUCGCAGAGAUCCGUGCGCGAGUGGAGCAUUGUCACUGCUCUGGCCGUAGUGUGGCAACAGACAAUGUGAGCAGGCAUCCGUAUUGAAUACAGAAUGAGCUGGUCAUAACCCCCGGCGACUUAAAUAUGUACGCAGAGCUUAGUAUCUGUCUGCCUGUGCCCCGAUCAAAUGCACCAAAAUCGCAUUGCACCAGUGCUCUACCUUGCGCCAGGAGUUUCUGCCACCAAAUUGUUACUCGGCCAAGUGCAUUUCCAAGGACACUCCCUCUGCUGCGCCGGAACGCCCAGCUUUGUGCAGACUGCUCUGCCAAAUUGGCAAACAGCUCUUGCACAAAAGCCAGCAUCCGCUGGCAUUUGCAACCUGCCGCAGAUGCGCCCUCUACGAAAAUAGAAUCCCAAAUUGGGCGCCACAUAGUCCUCAGUCUUGGUAAUUAUGAUCAAACGUAUAAUGCAUUUAGAAACUUUACAGGGUAUUUAAUUGUGUUAUUGAUCUUCUACAGAGUUAUUUGUCUCCGAUCCCUUGGUUAUGGUCUCGGUGCAUAUGAGCACCAAUUCGCUCAUGCGUCAUAAUGCUCAUUCGCUCGUGCAUAAUAGCACUCAUUCGAAGAAGAAGAAAAAACUACGGCCCGCUUCCUGACGAAGCAAAUUCACAAGUGUUAAAGUGUGUCACUCUUAACAGGAAUAGAAAGAAGCACACUUGACUUCCUCAUAUAGUUCAAGUCAGAGAUGAACGCUUGUCACUGUGCCGCACGGCGAGCCACACAGGAGACGCCAUGCACGCGGGCAAGGUGGCCUACGCCUCGUUGGAGUUUCUCAUAGCUGUCUGCUGCUGCCUAGGCAACGCUCUAGUUAUCGUCGCCGUGUGGACAACAAAAAGCGUCGGGCAGCCCACCUUCUGUCUGAUCGUGUCGCUGGCGGCGGCCGACUGCGCGGUGGGCCUGGUGGCCGUCCCGUUGGCCGUGCUGGUGGACGGCAGGGCGAGCACGUCUUUUCGCGCCUGCCUCUUCAUCAGCUGCGUGGUCAUCCUCUUGACCCUGGUGUCCAUUCUGUCCCUCAUGUCUAUCUCGCUGGACCGCUUUCUCCGGGUCUACAUCCCUCUCAGGUACAAACGGACGGUCACACAGAGACAUUCAUGGUGCGCGGUUGCUGCGUGUUGGCUUGUCGCUCUGCCUCUGAGUUUCGCGCCCAUGCUGGGCUGGCACAACGAAGACGCCACCUCCCACGGUUCCCCCAACUCUACGUUCACUUGCCAGUUCAUCGCCGUGAUUCCCAUGUCCUACCUGGUCUACUUCAACUUCUUCCUCUGCACCCUGAUGCCGCUGUUAGUCAUGUUGGCGCUGUAUGGCUACAUCUUCUGCGUCAUUCGCGGCAACCUCCGAGAGAAGCCGGGCAACGGAGCCCAGGCCAAAUCUAACAUCUACCUGAGGAAAGAGAGGCAGCUGGCGAGCUCUCUUGCCCUGGUCUUGGCCCUCUUCGCCAUUUCCUGGAUCCCGCUCCACGUGCUGAACUGCGUCGCCUACUUUGAAACGGCCGAGGUGCCGCCGAGCGCUUUCCACGCGGGCAUUCUGUUGUCUCACGCCAACUCGGCCGUGAACCCGAUGGUGUACGCCUUUAAGAUACGCAAGAUCAGGGCGGCCUACCUGAAGAUCUGGAGGAGAUUCCUCACGUGCGGGGACGAGCUCCAAGGCUCUCAGUCCAGCCAGACCACGGACAACAACCCAAGUAGCAACAGCGUGGACAUCAAUGUGCAAUUGAAUGCUUAAAGGGGUCGUUUUAUGGAGAAUUUACUUUUUAAAUGCUUGUACACAGACAGUUGGCUGUCUAACCAUCAAAUGGAAAUUAAAACAAACAAACAAAAAAAAGCAAAUCUUUUGUUAUCUACCUACUUCUGAAAAUGUGUCUGAGCAAACACUGCCGGCCAACUGUUAUGUCACAGUGUGGCAGAGUCACAUAAGUCUGCGGUGACUUCGCACAAGCGCCAUUCAUCUGCAGUCUGGAGGCAGAGGGACCGGACUACACUGUCUGAAAUGGGCCUAUCAUGCAGAAACACCCACAUUCCCGUGGCUGCGACACCCCUGCUAGUAUGUUAAGCCAAAAGGUAAGCAGAGCUGCAUUGAAUUUUGUUGGAUUCACAGAAAAGUGUGAGCUGAGCAGCAUUGACUUUAUUAUGCUUGGUGAAGUUGUCAAUAAUAAUGCCAUAUGUUUAUCUUAUAUUCUGUGAUUUUUUUAUUAAUGUUCAGCACUUUGUUUCAUCUGCAGUUUUUUUUGUUUUGUUUUUUAAGUGCUCUAUGAAUAAAAUCGAGUUGAGUUGAGA